AUGGACAUUGAUUCAACUAAUCCUUCAUUGAAUGGGAGUGAGGAAGUUGAAGAGGCAGAAAACAAUUCAUCAUUAAAUAAGAUUGGUGAAGUUCAAGAACCUGAGAAGGGCAUGUGUUUUAACUCAAAGCAAGGAGUAUAUUCGUUUUAUGCAAAAUAUGCAAAGCACCUCAGGUUUGUUGUAGCUUAUAGAACACAGAAUAUUGGACAAGAUGGGGAAGCUAGAGCAACUCUACAAAAGGAUGGAAGAUUUAAGUUGACCACAGUUGUCCUUCAACAUACGCAUGACUUGAUUCCUAGUGACUCACGACAUUUUGCAAUGAAUAAGAGAAUUCUUACCCUUGCGAAGAGAAGACUAGAAAUAAACGAUGAACCAGGGAUAGGGGUGGCUAGGAAUUUUCAUUCUAUAGUUGUUGAAGUAGGGGGUUAUGAGGCAUUAACAUUUGAUGAACAAGAUGCAAGGAAUCAUAUUCAGAGUAUGAGAAGAUUAAGGCUUGGAGUAGGAGAUGCUGAAUCAGUUGCACUUUAUUUUCAUAGGAUGCAACAACAAAAUUCAAACUUUUAUGCAAUUGACCUCGAUGAAGAUGGUCGCAUGCGAAAUUUGUUUUGGGCGGAUGCAAGGAGUAGGGCAACUUAUAAAGCAUUUGGGGAUGUGGUUUCAUUUGACACAACUUAUCUGACAAAUAAAUAUGAUAUGCCAUUUGCUCCAUUUGUAGGAGUUAAUCAUCAUGGGCAGUCAAUUUUGCUUGGUUGUGGGCUAUUAUCUAAUGAGAACACUGAAACAUUCCUGUGGCUAUUCAGAGAAUGGUUAAGUUGCAUGUCUGACGUUCCUCCAAAAGCUAUAAUAAUAGACCAGUGCAGAGCAAUGCAAAAUGCCAUUGAAGUUCUCUUUCCAGAAGCUCGACAUCGUUGGUGCUUAUGGCAUAUCAUGAAGAAAAUUCCUGAGAAAUUAAGAGGAUAUGCCCAAUAUGAAUCCAUUAAGCUUGCAUUACAAAAUGCAGUUUAUGAUUGUUUUACAAAACAUGAAUUUGAUGAAGAAUGGCAAGCGAUGAUUGGAAAGUUCAACCUAGAUGAUAAUGACUGGUUGGGGGAUGUUUUUUGGGCUGGCAUGUCGACUACACAACGAAGUGAGAGCAUGAACGCAUUUUUUGAUGGAUAUGUGAACUCAAAGACAACUUUAAAGCAAUUUGUUGAACAAUAUGAUCAUGCCUUGAGAAGUAAGGUUGAGAAAGAGAUGAAAGCAGACUUAAAAUCUCGAAACAAAUUGUAUGAUUGCUUAACGGUAUAUGAGUUUGAGAAGCAAUUUCGUGUAACAUACACGAAUGCAAAGUUUAAAGAAGUGCAAGUAGAAUUGAAACGACUAUUGUAUUGUCGUGCGAAUCUUGUCAAAGAGGAGGGAGCAAUGUGUACUUAUCAUGUGAAGGAGGCUGUGCUUGUGGGUGAGAAAAUGAAGACAGUGGAAUUUGUUGUGUACUUUAAUGCAACUGAAUGUGAAUUGCAUUGUAUGUGUCGGUGGUUUGAGUUUAAGGGCAUUAUGUGUGUCCAUUCAUUUAAUGUGCUCAUUGAGAGGGCUGUUCUCAAUGCAAAUGUGCAUGAUAAAUACCACAAGAUGUUGGAUAAAAUACUAAAAAUUGCUUCCAACGAUGAUGGCAAACACACAGUGAAUGAUGGGUUGACAGAAAUCAAGGAGAGGGUGAAAAAAGAUCAAUCGGGUUGUGCGAGUAGUGUGCCACUUUCAAGUAGUAAUGCACCACCUUCUACUAGUCAUGGACGACCUUCUAACACUUCCCUCAAAAGUCCAUCUGGUUGCAGUACAACAAAAGAAAUCAAAGCUCGCAAGAUGGGUGAAUCUGAUUGUUGGCGCAGAAUGGUGAAUCUGAUUGUUGAUGCAGAUAAACCUAUUGUUAUGGUUCAGAUUAAGUCUAUGAAUGUUGAAUGCUCCAGGUUGAAUGUUGAAUCUAUUGCUGAAUCUGUAUUUGAAUGCAUGAAUGCUCCAGAUUGCUUGAAUGCUGAAUCUGUCUGUGAAUCUGCCUGA